GAAGAGAACCUGGGGCCACACCACUCUGAGCCACAUUGAGCCACAGCAGCAGGUAGUAGAACAUGGCAAUCAGCAUGAUUCGGGCACUGCAGGCGAUGCCUCUAACCUGCCUGGUGCUGCUCCUGCUCCAGAAUGUCCCAGGUGUGGGUGCCCAGAAGGAUUCGGACUUCAAGCUGCAGCAGCCCCAGGGCCAGGUGGUGGUGAUCAAAGGGGAGAUACUGACCCUGAACUGCACAGUGUCUGCAUUGCAUCCUAUUGGCAUUGUGAAGUGGCUGAAGGGCUGGGGCAGCAGCAAUCAGACCAUUUAUGAUCAGAAAGGCUCCUCCUCACGUGUGAUGAGAGCAAUCAAUGGAUCCGACACAGACUUCACCAUCCACAUCAGGGAUGUUCGUCUUGAGGAUGCCGGCACCUAUUACUGUGCGAAGUUUAGAAAAGUCAUCUUGGGAGAUGAGCUGUUUAAGAAUGGUGGGGGCACGGAGGUGUUGGUGCACGCCAGACCCUCCGAGCUGGCCGUGUCAGGGCCGAGUCGCCGAGCGGAGCCAGGGCAGUCGGUGUCCUUCACCUGCAGUGCCAGAGGGUUCUUUCCCCGUGACAUCCAGGUGCAAUGGCUCAAGAACAACGUUCCAGUUCAGGCUGUGCUGCCCCACAUCACCUCAGAGCUGUCACAUUCCUCCUACAACAUGUCCAGCACCGCACAGGUGAAGUUGACCAAGGACGACGUGCGCUCACAGCUCACCUGCCAGGUGCAGCACAGCACGUUGGCAGCCCCACUGAGGAGGACGUACGCGCUGGGCCAGGCCCUGCGAGUUCCCCCCAGCGUGUCUGUGGUCGCUGCGCCGCCGGGCGCCGUGGAGGUGAACAAGACGGUGACCUUCAGCUGCCGCGUGCAGGGCUUCUACCCGGGAGCUGUGAGCAUCACCUGGCUGGAGAACGGGACGGGGCUGAACGCGGGGAGCACCACGCAGCCAGCAGAGACCCCCCAGGGCUUGUUUGAGCUGAACAGCACGGUGACGGUGCAGGCGGUGGAGGAGAAGCGCGGCUCCAGCUUCACCUGCCGGGUGGUGCACGAGGACCAGGAGCCCGUCUCCAGCACGGGCACCAUGCAGGUGGCUGUCGCAGCCCAGUGUGGACCCGGAGGUGCCAUUCUCCUGUCCAGCCCCGGUUUAUGGCUCGGCCUGCUGCUGGGCAAGGCGCUCCUCGCCCUCGUCCUCUUCUUCCUCUUCAAGCGCUUCCUGCCCUGAUGCUGCCCUGGACAGCAGCGGCUCCGCGAUCGCCUCCGAGCCCCGCAGCUCCGCCCGCAGCUCUCGGGAUGGGCCCGGCCUGCGCCCUCGUGCUUCCCGCUGCUUCGCUGCACGAAUUUUAAAGAUAAAAUCAUUGACUCCACACAAACU